UGCUUCAGUUUCCCCCUUACUAAAAGUAAACAGUACAAAUUUGUGAGGAGAAAGCAGUUAGUAGCCAUGUCUCGCUGUGUGAUAGCUGGUCUGGUUUUGCUGCUCUCAGCCACCUCAGUGGUUGGCACAGGAGGUGACUCAACUACUGAUAACUCUACUGAGUGUGUGAGUCAGCAGGAGCUGGCUGCUGUUAGGAAGCGAGUUGACCAGUUACACUCGCAGAUCCACUACUGGCAGAGCAUAAACAUCCGCAACAUUGUCCAGGACCACUGCUCCUCUCAGAAUACUGUGGAACUUCUGCCUACUUCUGAAGAUUGUGUGGAUUCUGCUCUGAUUGCUGUGUCUGUGGUAUCUCUCCUCCUGAUGGUCACUCUCACUACAGUUGUUGUGACUCAAUGCGUACUCAUCAUCAGAAUGAGGAGGUCUAGGAAAAACAACACUGAGACGUAUUAUGCCAGCCCAACCACCAACACCACUGAUGUGCCUAUCUACAGUAAUGCGGCAUAUUCACAGACCGGAGUAAUACCAACUGGGAAGAGUUUCAAAAGUGAAGAACUCGAGACUCAAUUGGCAACUAGCCAGGGAUAAUGUUUUGUAAUAUAAUAUAUACUUCAUGUGUUUUGCUGUUGCCUGCAGUGUACAACUGUGAUUAAAACUUUACUAGC